GCACAGGGCACCUCGGAGGGCGAGCGAACUCCGAACGUGCCCCGAGGACCCCGCUGCCCCGCCAGGCCGUCACCACAGGUUCCGCUUGGAUACCGGUGGCAGCCCGGCGACCCGGGUCCCGCCGCCUACCCUCCCACGCUACUUCCCGCAGCCUCGCUCCUACCGCAGCGCUCCCGGCCCGGCUCGGCCGUGGCCCUCCUAGGUGCCGGCCGCCAUGGCAGGGGCGUCCGGCGCGGGGGAAAUCUAGUCCCGGGCUUUCUUGCGGCCUAGCUCGGUUCUGUCUCCUCCCCCCGCGGCCGCGGCCCCUGCCCUUGCCCCAGCCCCACUCCGGGCCUCCGUGUCUCUCCUGUGAUCGCGCUGACACGGCCCGGGGGUUAGAAUGGAACAAACUGAAGGUUAAUAAGCUCCCUGGAAGUUGAUUUGACUUCAUGCCCCUCUUUGGUGACUUUUAACCUUCCAGGGAAGUUUGUUCCAGAACCGAGUCACAGAGGUAGCUAGGCCCGAUGAGAGAAAGGGACAGUUAAGGAUGCUGGAGCAGAACAAUGGAUUUCUCUUUCUCUUUCAUGCAAGGGAUCAUGGGAAACACAAUUCAGCAACCACCUCAACUCAUUGACUCCGCCAACAUCCGUCAGGAGGAUGCCUUUGAUAACAGCAGUGACAUUGUUGAAGAUGGUGGCCAGACACCGUAUGAAGCUACCUUGCAGCAAGGCUUUCAGUACCCACCUACAACAGAAGACCUUCCUCCACUUACAAAUGGCUACCCACCAUCAAUCAGCAUGUAUGAAACUCAAACCAAAUACCAGUCAUAUAAUCAGUAUCCCAAUGGGUCAGCCAAUGGCUUUGGUGCAGUUAGAAACUUUAGCCCCACUGACUAUUACCAUUCAGAAAUUCCAAAUACAAGACCACAUGAAAUUCUAGAAAAACCUUCCCCUCCGCAGCCACCACCUCCUCUUUCGGUACCACAAACUGUGAUUCCAAAGAAGACUGGCUCACCUGAAAUUAAACUAAAAAUAACCAAAACUAUCCAGAAUGGCAGGGAAUUGUUCGAGUCUUCCCUUUGUGGAGACCUUUUAAAUGAAGUACAGGCAACUGAACACAUAAAGUCAAAGCAUGAAAGCAGAAAAGAAAAAAGGAAAAAAAGCAACAAGCAUGACUCAUCUAGAUCUGAAGAGCGCAAGUCACACAAAAUCCCCAAAUUAGAAUCAGAGGAGCAAAAUAGACCAAAUGAGAGGGUGGACUCCACACCAGAAAAGCCAAGAGAAGAGCCAGUGCUCAAAGACGCCAUCCCGGUUCAGCCAAUACUGUCCUCUGCCCCAACCACAGAAGUAACUACUGGUGUUAAGUUCCAGGUUGGCGAUCUUGUUUGGUCCAAGGUGGGAACCUAUCCCUGGUGGCCUUGUAUGGUUUCAAGUGAUCCCCAGCUCGAGGUUCAUACCAAAAUUAACACAAGAGGUGCCCGGGAAUAUCAUGUCCAAUUUUUUAGCAACCAGCCAGAGAGGGCAUGGGUUCAUGAAAAGCGGGUACGGGAGUAUAAAGGUCAUAAACAGUAUGAAGAAUUACUGGCUGAAGCAACCAAACAAGCCAGCAAUCACUCUGAAAAACAAAAGAUCCGGAAACCCCGACCUCAAAGAGAACGUGCCCAGUGGGAUAUUGGCAUUGCCCAUGCAGAAAAAGCAUUGAAAAUGACUCGAGAAGAAAGAAUAGAACAGUAUACUUUCAUCUAUAUUGAUAAACAGCCUGAAGAGGCUUUAUCCCAAACAAAAAAGAAUCCUAUCUCCAAGACCGAAGUUAAAAAACCCCGAAGACCAAGAUCUGUGUUGCAUAUUCAACCAGAACAGACCAAUUCAGGGGAGGUGGCCUCUUCUCAGUCAAGUACUGACCUUCGGAGACACAGUCAGAGGCGGCACACAAGUGUGGAAGAGGAAGAACCACCCCCUGUUAAAAUAGCCUGGAAAACAGCAGCCGCAAGGAAAUCCUUACCAGCUUCCAUUACAAUGCACAAAGGGAGCCUGGAUUUGCAGAAGUGUAACAUGUCCCCAGUUGUAAAAAUUGAACAAGUGUUUGCUCUUCAAAACGCAACAGGAGAUGGGAAAUUUAUCGAUCAGUUUGUUUAUUCAACGAAGGGAAUUGGUAACAAAACGGAAAUAAGUGUCAGGGGGCAAGACAGGCUUAUAAUUUCCUCACCAAACCAGAGAAAUGAAAAGCCAACACAGAAUAUAUCAUCUCCUGAAGCAACAUCUGGUCCUACAGGCUCAGUAGAAAAGAAGCAACAGAGGAGAUCAAUUAGGACUCGUUCUGAAUCAGAGAAGUCUGCUGAAGCUGUGCCAAAGAAGAAGAUCAAAAAGGAGCAGGUUGAAACAGUUCCUCAGGCUACAGUGAAGAUUGGAUUACAGAAAGGUGCCAGCGAGAUUUCAGAUUCCUGUAAACCUCUAAAGAAAAGGAGUCGUGCCUCAACUGAUGUAGAAAUGACUGGUUCAGCCUACAGAGACACAUCUGACUCCGACUCUAGAGGAUUGAGUGAUCUGCAGGUAGGCUUUGGAAAACAAAUAGAUAGCCCGUCAGCUGCUGCAGAUGCAGAUAUUUCUGAUGUACAGUCCAUGGAUUCAAGUUUGUCCAGAAGAGGCAUUGGAAUGAGUAGAAAGGACACUGUGUGUCAGAUCUGCGAAAGGUCUGGUGACUCUCUGGUUCCUUGUGAGGGAGAGUGCUGCAAACACUUUCACUUGGAGUGCCUGGGAUUGACAUCAGUCCCUGAUGGAAAGUUCAUGUGCAGAGAGUGUAAAACUGGGCAGCAUCCAUGUUUUUCAUGUAAGGUACCUGGUAAAGAUGUGAAGCGUUGUUCUGUUGGUGCUUGUGGGAAGUUUUAUCAUGAAGCCUGUGUCCGCAAAUUCUCCACUGCCAUCUUUGAAUCAAAAGGAUUCCGCUGUCCCCAGCACUGCUGCUCUGCCUGCUCUAUGGAGAAAGAUAUCUACAAAGCAAGUAAAGGACGCAUGAUGAGAUGUUUGAGGUGUCCGGUUGCCUAUCACUCUGCAGAUGCUUGUAUUGCUGCAGGAAGCUUAUUUGUGUCCUCCUACAUUCUCAUCUGUAGCAAUCAUUCUAAGCGGAGCAGUAAUUCUUCUUCUGCUGUAAAUGUAGGCUUUUGUUUCGUUUGUGCCAGAGGGCUGAUAGUUCAGGACCAUUCAGACCCCAUGUUCAGUUCAUAUGCCUAUAAGUCCCACUACCUACUGAAUGAAUCAAAUCGUGCUGAGUUGAUGAAAUUACCUAUGAUUCCUUCUUCGUCAGCUUCCAAAAAGAAAUGUGAGAAAGGUGGAAGAUUGCUCUGCUGUGAGUCGUGCCCAGCUUCCUUCCACCCGGAAUGCCUGAACAUAGAUACUCCAGAAGGCCGCUGGAACUGUAAUGACUGUAAAGCUGGCAAGAAACUUCAUUACAAGCAGAUUGUUUGGGUCAAACUGGGAAAUUACAGAUGGUGGCCUGCAGAGAUCUGCAAUCCCAGGUCUGUACCCCUGAACAUCCAGGGCCUUAAACAUGACUUAGGAGACUUCCCUGUAUUCUUCUUUGGUUCUCAUGACUACUAUUGGGUGCACCAAGGCAGAGUGUUCCCGUAUGUUGAAGGAGACAAAAGCUUUGCUGAGGGGCAGACUAGUAUUAACAAGACCUUCAAGAAAGCACUGGAAGAAGCUGCAAAACGUUUCCAAGAACUGAAAGCACAAAGAGAAAGUAAAGAAGCAUUAGAGGUUGAAAAAAACUCAAGAAAACCUCCUCCUUACAAACACAUCAAAGCUAACAAAGUAAUAGGGAAGGUUCAGAUCCACGUUGCUGAUCUGUCAGAGAUCCCCCGCUGUAACUGCAAGCCUGCUGAUGAGAACCCUUGUGGCUUGGAAUCAGAGUGUCUGAACAGAAUGUUGCAAUACGAGUGUCACCCGCAGGUGUGCCCAGCUGGAGACCGUUGUCAGAACCAGUGCUUUACAAAGAGGCUCUAUCCAGAUGCAGAGAUCAUCAAAACAGAGAGGAGAGGCUGGGGCCUCAGGACCAAAAGGAGCAUCAAGAAGGGUGAAUUUGUAAAUGAAUAUGUUGGUGAAUUAAUUGAUGAAGAAGAAUGCAGACUUCGAAUCAAGCGAGCUCACGAGAACAGUGUAACUAAUUUUUAUAUGUUAACUGUUACCAAGGACCGUAUAAUUGAUGCUGGCCCAAAAGGAAAUUAUUCUCGUUUUAUGAACCACAGUUGUAAUCCAAAUUGUGAAACACAGAAAUGGACAGUGAAUGGAGAUGUUCGAGUUGGACUCUUCGCUCUGUGUGACAUCCCUGCAGGCAUGGAGUUGACAUUUAAUUACAACUUAGACUGUCUGGGCAACGGAAGAACAGAGUGUCACUGCGGGGCAGACAACUGCAGUGGCUUUCUUGGAGUUCGGCCAAAGUCGGCAUGUGCAUCCACAGCUGAAGAGAAGGCAAAAAAUGCCAAGUUAAAGCAGAAAAGACGAAAAAUCAAAACAGAACCAAAGCAGAUGCAUGAAGAUUAUUGUUUUCAGUGUGGAGAUGGUGGAGAGCUAGUCAUGUGUGACAAAAAAGACUGUCCCAAAGCAUACCACCUCCUAUGCCUUAACUUGACUCAGCCACCAUAUGGAAAGUGGGAGUGCCCGUGGCACCAGUGCGACGCAUGCAGCAGUGCAGCUGUCUCCUUCUGCGAGUUUUGUCCACGUUCAUUUUGCAAGGAUCAUGGAAAGGGGGCUCUGGUGGCCUCUGCACUGGAGGGCCGGCUCUGCUGCUCUGAGCACGACCCCUUGUCACCAGUGUCACCAGAGUACUGGAGCAAGGUCAGAUGUAAAUGGGAAUCCCAGGAUCGCAAAGAAGAGGCAAAGGAAUAAAUGGUUGGUGAUCCCUUUUCUAUUAAUGAGAUGAAAACACAAGCAGAUAAUGUGUUUUAAAAAGAAGAGACUGCUCAGUGCACACAGCCUCUGCCCAUCAGAACUGCCUUAUUAAAGCAAAAAGGAGAAACCAGUUCACACAGACAGAAGCAAUUGGUGGUGUCUGGUUUCUCUGUUUUGUUUUGCUGGCUUGGGAAUUUCUUUCGUGGAAGAUGAAAUUCCCUUGAUUUGUUUGUUUGGUUGGUUGGUUGGUUUUUGGUUUUUUUCCUUGCCUUUUAUUGUGCUUCAGUGCUUUUGCAGCUGAGAAAAGAAAUGUCUUCACUUUUAAAAUCAGAACAAAAAGAAAAAGUUUUGUUAAUGAGAUCUAGGUCUGAGAUGUGUUCCUAGGUUGUAUAAAGUAGCCAUCAUUCCUUUAUUUAUUUUCAUUUUUAGGAAUUUUGAGAAGUGUAGUUCAGAUAGUCUAAUCAUUGUACGUAUGUGUGUGUAAGUAGGAAUUGGAGGAAGCCCUGUAGAGAAGCAUAUGAUCACCUUUUUAUACCUCUUACUGAACAGUAGGUAGGCUACCUUCUCUUUCCCUUCAAAAUGUUUUUUAUAAUCUUAGAGAAGAGCUCUCCCCAGGUAUUAUAUUGGUAUUACUUGUGUGGUCUUAAACCAGGGGGGCUUUGUGAUCAGUAACUUUACCUACAAAGGGAUAUGGUGUGUUUUCUUUUAAGUUUUGUUUUGUUUUGUUUGGGGAGAAGAGAAGGAAUGAGUGUGCUCCCUGUCAGUGGACAGUGGGCUUCUGGUGAUGAGCACUGUGGGUGUGAGCUCACAACAGAGCGGUCAUGCCUGUCCUGAUGCUGACAAAGGCAGCUGCAGGGAGGUGGAAGGCACAGACCAACAGUGGGAUUGUCUUAAGCACCUUUUUCUGUCCAAUUUAGUGUAGAUCCUGGUCUUAGAAUUAUGAAUAUUUUUUUUCUAUCUGUUUUCCUUUCCUAAUCAAACAUUUUCUUGGUCAGCUGACCAUUCAAUCAUGUUCCCUAGCAAAACUGCACAAGAGAAUUGGAAUAGAUUUUAAAUUGAGUUUAGUUGUAAGGUGAACACAGUAGGGCCAUCUCCAAGUUAUAUGUAAACAACUUCUAUUUAGUAUUAUUCAACAAUGUAAAACUGUGCUCAUGACUAAGAGCAAGAACUGCUUUUAUAAGAUUCACAAGAGUCACACAAAUGUACUUCACAGUGGAAAGCACUUAGAGAGAAACUCCCAAGGAGGUCCAGGUCAGCAGAAACAGUCUUCCACCUGCAGGUACCCCACAAAACUCACUUGCUUCUAAUGCUUAGGAAUAUGUAUGUUCCAGCAUUCCUCAUAUGAAAGCGUUCGUAGUGUCAGACACUGUAACACUGUGUUCAGUAGAAGUCUAGGGUUAGCCUAAAUGAACUUUAACUUCCUCUGUGAAUUCUGACUGCUUACCAUUCCUGAUACCUGGUAGCAUUUAUUUUCUCUCAGUACUCAGUACCUUACAAAGGGGAGGGAGGGUUGAUGCUCUGUCACACUCCUUCAGUAAUGUUAUGUGUGUUCCACUGUCUUACGAAUUUAGAGCUGUUCUCUGGAAAGAAGGAAAAAGCUGUGUUGUGCCUCUCUUUCUCUUUUUAAAUAUAGAAAUGUGCAAUUAUACUGAAUUUUCUCUUGUAAAAAACAGUAACAACACUACAGUUCCUUAUUACUUAAGCUUCUAAACUGCCAUUUGCCUAAUUACAUCAAUUAAUUCUGAGGUGACUUAUUGGUCACCCAGUAAUUCUGCUAAUUACACAUCAUCUAAAAAGAGCAAAAUGGAAAAUGCUACACGUUACCAAAUCCAGUUGCUAUGAGUAACGUGAAAUAUGGCUCACAGCAACACUAGACUUUGUUCUUGAGCAAUUAUAUAGUUUGAUGUCCUUUUAAAAAAUAAUUUUAAAAAAUCUAGGUUUUCUCAUACUUAAAUCUUAUUUUAUAUAGAUAUCUGAUAAAUGUAUGGUUUUUUAAACUUACUAACACAAAGAUUUCUUUUAAUAUUCCAAAUGCAACUCUUGCUGAAACAGUGUCCAACAUGAAAUUGUAUCUCCUUUGUUUUGGACUUUAGUGCUAUUUAAUAUCUGAUAAUUUUUAUAUGGUAAGCCAGGGUGUAUUCUAUAUACUGCAGAUACCUUAGGUUUAAGUAUUUUUAUGGAGCUUCUCAUUGUGUCACAUUUGUUUUUAUAUCUAUAACAAGAGCUCUGCAGAGACUUUUUAAAUCUUUUUUUUAACAACUAAUAGAAUUGUUCUGUCAUUUCAGAAAUCAAGGUACAAAACACAAUAGCUAACCAUAGCUCUAAAAUCUUAAUGGUCUAAAAAGUGGUUUUAGUCAUCCCAGUGCCAAGGACCUCUGCACAGCUCCAUGGUGUUAAUGUUGACCUAUUUAUAUAUGCUAAAGUUGAAGGGUUAAGAAAACAGAAAUCUGUGCUUUGUGUGUGCAUAAGUGUACAUGCUCUGUGCUUGCUAUGACACACUGAUGAAAUAGUCUAAAAGACACACUUCUUACUCACAGUCUGAUGUAUUUGUUAACUUCUAAGUCUGUAUGUGGUCAGAGAUUAAGUGGUUGGUCAAAAAUGAAAUAACUUAAAGCAGCACAAGAUAAUGGUGGUUGUGGAGUUUUUCCCUCCUUAACCGAAUGUUAAUUCUUUGGAGGAGGAAGUGAACAUAAGAUAAAAAUCCUGUGAUUGUCAUGAUCUAUCAAAAGAUGGUCAGCAUAGAGCUUCAGAAAUUAGGUCACAAGAGCUAAAGAGGAAGUCAUGGGAACCUUCCUGCUGCUGCAGCUGAGAGGGUGGGGUGGGUGACCCUUCACUCCUGGCCUGCUGGAGAGCAAAGGGAGGUGGGCUUCUUUUCAUUUUUGCUUUAACAGGUUCCCACACUGUUGUAAUUCUCGAAGAUGCCCAGGCUGAGCUUUAGAAUAGGCUGAGUGUAGGAGUCAUGGAAGCUUGGAGAUUUCUGUGUUCCAGUCAGGGACAGAGCUGAAAACUGGAAGACAGUGGGGGGUGGGGGGAACUAAGGCUUGUUCUUUUCUGCCACUUCCACACAGUGCUUGGAAACCUGCCUAUGAAUGGCAUGGAAGAGCGAUCUAAGGUGUCUACCCUGGUAAAGUGUUUCCGAUGAGACAGACUGGUGUGCAGCUUUCCUGGUUCUGAUGUAGUCUGUUUUUUGGGUAUUUUGUUCAGUGUGUUCCAGUCAGGUCAAACCCAGACCUGCACUUUGGAAUGGGAUGUGCCAUCAAGUUAGUGUAAUCUCUGGACUGCUCAGGACCCGUUGUGGGUCUUUUGUUUCAUUUUUGAACACAAAGCUCUUUUAACCUUUACCAUAAAGUCAGGGUGCUGCCAGCCACAUGCCAUAUCCUAACAAUGAGAAAACAGGUUGCCUUGGGGCCCUCACGGCUUGGAAAGCUUGUGUGUGUGCUUUACCUGGACUCCAGGUAGGUGGCAGUUCAGAGUAGCCUCCAGUGACUUUUCCCAAGGCUGAUGCAUCUAGUCCCCGCCCCCCAUCCAAGUUGCUGCAGGCAGGAGUGAUCAAAAGAAACAAUUUCCUGUUCAGCCUAAGGCCACCUAGACCUCAUCUCUGGUUAUUUAUAAACAAAAAAUAGGGCUUGGUUCCAUUUUCAAAUGGACUAGGGAAUAGAUGUAACCAGACAGCUUUGCAAUGAAUUAAUGAAUAUUGAAAAGUUGGAAAUUUGUAUAUACUGAAAUCUUACCAACUUAUAGGGUAAGGGAGGGGAAUGAUAAUGUUUACCACAGGUACGAUGUAGUCACUUUAACAUUGAGACCUCUGCCUCAUGGAAUUCAGGUUUUUUUAAGUACUUGAAACUCUUCAGAUUCUCUUUAUUUUAGUUUCAUUUUUUUAAAAAUUUAUGAAGUAGAAAGCAUUAUUUUGUGUAUUACUUUGAAAACAAAUAGCCUCGUCUCUUAUCCUCUUUCACCUGGAUUAAAAACAGAGUUCUGGAAGUGGGAGUGCUGGUUCACAGUAGAAUCAAAGAUUUACUGUGUACCCUGGAAGAAGAGACUCUUGCACGAGAUACCAGCAGCAUUUUCACAAGUGUUUCCUGUGUGUAUUCUUUAUUUUGUCAGCCCUAUCCCCAGCACGUCUUCUUUCCUUUUAAUAUAUACCUGUGUAGCUGAUUUUUUGCACUUAUAUUACACUCCUAAAAUGCUGUGUGUAACCCAUAUUUUUCAAAACCAUUUCUGAUUUUGGUUUUUUUGUCCAUCGCGGAAGUGACAAACAUGGGCAUUUGUGGCACAUACAUGUGAGGGGGAAGGGAGGGGAGAAUUGCCUGUCCUCCAGGGGCUCUGAAAGUCAUUCACAGGCAAGUAAGAAGGACAAACAGCACAGUGGCCAAGGUCAUGGCACAGCCCUUCAUUUUCCUAUGUGAUGCAGAUGGCUGAGCACCCUGCACUGUCCCUUCCUCCCCACCGCACACUGCUGCUAUGGGCGGGUGGCUCAGGACCACCAGGUUGCCUGCAUGGGGCAUUUGUAAGGUAUUCUUGUCGGUUUAGAAGUGGACUAGAUAAAAUUUACUCUUUACUUUUACUUUGUCAUCAUUAAUAUUCUCUCAUUCGCUGUCACAUACCCUGUGUUGAGAAUCAUAUUUCACUAAUAAAGAUGCUAAAUGAUAA